GACCACGUAUUCUGCAGCUUAACUAAUCUAAACCAUUGUCGCGCUAUUCGGUUUCGGCAAACAACCGCUGCACGGUGUAAGCGAUGUCUGAGGAAGACUACGAUGUCGUUAUUGUCGGUGCAGGGCUGUCCGGUCUAAGCGCAGCCCAGUUUCUUUUGAAAAGAGAUGCGGGAUUGAGAAUAGUAGUGUUGGAAGCAAAAGAUCGAGUGGGUGGCAGAACUUUAUCUCAGGAGCUUCCUGCAGCAAAUGGGAAAGACUCUUGGGAUAUGGGAGGGCAAUGGGUUGGCAGCACCCAGACCCACGUCAUGGACCUGAUCGAGGAGCUGGGUGUAGAGGUCUACCCGCAGUACACAGAGGGCAGGAAGGUGCACCACAUGGGCGGCCCGCGGGCCAAGAUCCGCAGCUAUGGCUCCAGCCUCCCCUCCUUCUCCCCUCUGGUCCUGCUGGACUUCAUCCAGUUCCUUUGGAAGAUCGACAGGCUCUGUAAGAAGGUGUCGGUCGACGACCCUACGAGCUCACCCAACGCGCAACACUUUGACAGCAUGACCCUCUACUCCUACAUAGAACAGAAUGUGUGGACGGCAGAGCUGAAGGAGGAGUUGGGAUUGUGCAGCCGUGCUGUAUUUGGAAUGGAGCCCACUCAGAUGUCUUUCCUGUACUUCCUGAUGUACUCGUCUGCGGCAGGGGGCACUCUGCGUCUGCUGGAGACCACCCCAGGCUCCGCACAGGAGUACAGAGUCAAGGGGGGCACCCAGCAGCUGUCGGAGAGGCUGGCGAAGCAGGUGGGGAGGGAGCGCGUGCGGCUGGGCGCGCCCGUGACGGCCGUACGGCAGACAGCAGACACUGCAGAGGUGAAGACUGCCAAUGGGACCUUCACCUGCAAAAUUGUCAUUGUCACCUGUCCUCCACAUCUGGCAGCACAGAUCCAGUACCAGCCGAGCCUGCCCGCCGGGCGCCAGCACCUUACCCAGAAUAUGCCAGUGGGUCACAUGAUGAAGUUUAUUAUCACCUACCCUACGGCAUUCUGGAGAGAGAAGGGGUUUUCGGGGGAGAUUGUGGCACGCCCCUCCAAAGACUGUCCCUUCAGCGUGACCUUUGACGCCACCAGCCCCUCCGGCAGCCCUGCCCUCGUGGGAUUCAUCGCUGGUGUCCAGGCAACAGACUGGAGCUCCAAAAUGAUGGAAGACAGAAGAAAUGCUGUCGUUUCUAGUCUGGUGAGGUACCUGGGCCCGGAGGCAUCUGCCUUCAUACACUAUGAAGAGAAAGACUGGGCUAAAGAGGAAUACAGCGGAGGCUGUCCGGUCAAUAUUAUGGCUCCAGGCAUGUUAAUGUACUACCACCAGAGUCUCCGAAAACCCUGUGGCAGGAUUCACUGGGCAGGCACCGAGACGGCGACCCAGUGGUGUGGGUACCUCAGCGGGGCGAUCCAGUCGGGGCAGAGGGCGGCUCUGGAGGUCCUGGCUGAGCUACGCCCCUCCGCUCUCUCCGAGGAGGAGCUGACAGCGGUGAGAAACGCCCAGAAGGAGCCCGACGCGCCAGACGGCGGCUCUGGCGCCUCCUGCUUCCCCGUUGGCCUGACCGUGACGGCGGCCCUCUUCUGCGGAGCUGCUCUCCUAUUGGCCAGGGUACAUUACGGCGGCGCUCGGAUUGGCCAGACGUGGCCCGUGCUGCGUGGGCCGCUCUGACAGGACGUCGCGUUCGCCCUGACGAGGCAAAGAAGCUUCAGAGGAGUUUAAAUAAACAUCACAUGCCAAUUUAAUCUCCAUUUAUUUCACGGCAGUGUUGGAAGCUAAAUGUAGAUUCCACAAUAUGAAAUUGAAAGCUAACAGCUUGUGACACAUUUAAUGCAGAUAAUAAUGGUGAGACAUUGUCACCUUGCUAUAUCGCUCUUCCAUCCGUUUUUCUUUCUUUUUCUUUUUUUGAAAAUCUGUCCCUGAAUAGGCUUCGCUGUAAUUAAAUGAAUCGCUUAAGCCCA